UGAGGUGAUGCUGUGAUUUGUUUUUUAUUUAUUGACAGAAGGCGCAUGGAAAACUGUAUUGAGGAUUGAAAACCGGAGGGAUUAAUUUUCAUUUCAUCAGAGAAUAACUUGUAGAAAAACAGGAAAAAUGGCAUGCACGGAUUACGAUGGCUGCCCGGACAAUCUGAGUGACGCUGAGCCGGAUAGCGACCACGAAGAGACCCCGGAUGACCCCCAUAAGCUCCUGGGGACCUGGCUGGGGGAAUUGGAAAAUCUAAAAGCGGGGCUGGACAAUGUCAUAACUGGACCACGAACACCAACAAGCUUUGAAAAACUGUCCAUCCCAACCCCCAGAAUGGAUAGUUACAGAUUUUCAUUGGCUACUCUUGAAGAUAGCCAAGAUAUCGAACUGGAUGCCAUUUUGGGGGAGCUCUGUGCCUUAGAGAGCCAGUUUGAUCAAGAAGUCAUGCACAGAGGGCACGCUCGUAGUGUGAGCACUGUAAUUCAGAGUAACAUCACCGGGGAAAAUAUUCGCUAUUCAACAUCUGGGAUACCGCUAGGCCAUGAGACUCCAUCGUCGCAGCAGACUGGACACAAACGUUUCUUCACCCACAGACGCUCAAGUUCAGGUGGAACAAAAUCAAAAUUUGAUGUCAGUGGGGAUUUAGACUGUGAUGAACAUGUGAAAGCUCAUAAAAUGGAGUUGGGUGUGAGGACAGAUAGUCCAGACAAUGACUCUGCUUUUUCAGACAGUGUCUCUAUGCUUUCCUCGGAAUCAUCUGCAUCAUCUGGUGGGAGAACGGACACUGGGAUAUCUAGUCAAGGUUCAUCUAAAACUAACAGCAUUGCAUUGGUACCAUCGCCAACUCAGCUUUUGGACAACAUAUCUAGAAGGUUGCAAGCUUUAAGAGUGGAAGUUGAGAAAGAAAACUCUCCACCAGCAGAACAAGCUGCACGUAUAAAAGCAGAAAAAAUCAGGAUAGCUUUGGAGAAAAUAAAAGAAGCAAGUGUUAAAAAGAUCUUUAUAAAAGCUUUCAGCGCUGACAACAGUGCUAAGAGCUUGUUAGUGGAUGAGCGCAUGACUGUGGGGCAAGUUUGUCGUCUGCUGGCAGAUAAAAACCAUGUCCCCAUGGAUCCAAGGUGGACCCUUGUGGAACAUAUACCUGAAUUAUUUAUGGAGAGAAUGUAUGAAGAUCACGAAUAUGUUGUUGAAAAUCUCUUAUUAUGGGCCCGAGAUUCACCAAAUAAGUUACAGUAUUUAGAGAAAGAUGAAAAAUAUGAUUUAUUUAUUAAUCCUGAGGAAUAUCUUCUAAUGGGUAGUUCUUCUGAGAAGGGCUCUGAGCUUGACGAUGAUGCAAAGACUGCUCUUUUAGAAGAAUUUUUCUCUUCAUCAAGUGUCCCAGAAGUUGAAAGUGCAUUAUACUUGAAAAGUGAUGGGAAAAAAGCGUGGAAAAAGCAUUUCUUUGUUCUAAGAGCUUCCGGAAUUUAUUACUGCCCAAAAGGAAAAUCAAAGCUUUCAAAGGAUUUAAUAUGUUUAACAACAUUUGAAAUGAAUAACGUUUAUUCUGGAUUUGGAUGGAAGAAAAAAUAUAAAGCUCCAACUGAUUUUGGUUUUGCCAUAAAGCACCCACAAAUACAGACAAAGUCUUCAAAAUAUAUCAAGUACCUGUGUGCCGAAGAUGAAAAGAUUCUUCGUCAGUGGAUUAUGGGAAUUCGUAUAGCAAAGUUUGGUUCAAUACUAAAAGAAAAUUAUGACAACCUUAUGAGAGAUAUAGUGGAAGAAGACUUGGAAACAUUAGCCCAUGCACGUAGCUUCUCCGUGUCUUCUAUGGCUAAAACAAUGGCUGUAAGCUCAGAUAGCUCAGGAAGUUCUGGAAGUCCAGAUAGACAAGAUAUUUCUUUGGAAGAUGUGGUAUUUUCGGGCCCUCAAGCAGCAGCACUUACACCAGAACAAUCUGAAGCUGAUGUUAUAAGUAAUCGUAGCUCUGAAUCCACACCUACUCCCACUCCAAUGGAAUGGACAAAUCCUAAUGGUCCUAUUUUGCGUCAUGAUUCCGUAAAGUCAAGUACAAGCAGCAGUAGUGGUUGUUUAUCAGAACGUUCUAGUGUAAGUACUCCAACUGCUGAGCAGAUGCCAUUUGAACCCACAGAAAUACCAGUUAGCACUCUUAAGAGAAAACCUAGCAUAACACCGAAAAUUCCUUUGACAAAUACCACUCGAAGCAUUGCGAAGCAAUCUGAAGAAGGACUACAUCUGACUACUGGACAUGAUCGUUUAAGCUACAAAAAUGGUGCUGGAAACACUGCAACAUUAACUAAAAAUAUUGCUCGUAGGUUUAGUUUAAGACGAUCUCAGACAGAGGACCAAAUCAUGGUGAAUGGAAUAAUGAAGAGUGUUUAUAGAAAAUCAUCAGAGAUGGCAUCAAUUCCACUUACAGGAAGAGCCCUUUGUGACUUUCCAUUGCCUCCACCACCGAUGUCGUCUAGUUGCUCAAUUGAAAGCCUUGAUAUUGCUCUACUGCCUCCUCCACCACCUGAAGCCUUUAGAGGAAGCACAACAAGCCUUGAUUCCUUACCUCCACCUCCCCCACCUCUUGAUUUGUCAGAAGAAUAUAGUUGGCCAAGCACUUCAAGUCUAAACUCAUUGCCUCCCCCGCCAUCUCCUCAGUCAACUCCCACUAAAGAAAGGCUUCAUAAACUCAGAAGUCCUGACUCUCCAAAUAAACAACUCCCUUUUAUUCCUCCAAAACCUCGUAAUGAUAGGCGGCAAUCGGAAGCAGAUAUUCCACAGCCACAACUUCCAUUUUUGGCCGAAUUAAAACUGGGAGUUAGCAGUCUCUCAAAAUGCUCUAGUAAACAAUUUCAGCGACCUGCGUUUGAUAAUGACACAUGGAAAAUAAAUCAAGCAAGCAAUGGGAUGAAAAAUUCUUUGUCGUGUUCUAAAAAUGAAAGAAAGGCUUCUGUACCUACUGUUCCAACAACUUUAGACAUUGUACCAAACUUCCCGAGUAAUAAUGUUCCUCCUCCACCACCACCUCCUCCUCCACCACCUCCUUCAGCAAGAAAUCUGAAAUUCAUAGAACGUCCUUCACCACCAACACGAAAUGAAGAAACCAGACUGUCUGAAAAACCUUCUGCUUUUCUUCGUAGAACUCAGACUUCAGCAACUUUGCCACACAAAGCAUCUAAAAUACCAUGCCCUCCCGAAACUUUUUUGAAAGACUUGCAGAAAGUAAUGGAGAAAAAAUGGAAAGUUGCCCAGCAGUUAUCCGUUGACUUAUCUGCCACACCUAGUGAGAUUCUAGGUUUCAGAGAUCCUUGUUACUUACCUGCUGGAUCUCAGACUUUGGGACCACCUACCCAUUCUCAAACAAUGAGACCUAGAACAUCAUCGCAAUUUUUUGAAGACUCAAAUACCCCGAAAAAAAGGCCUCCUCCCCCUCCCCCUAAAAGAAGUGACACUACUCAGUUGUCACGCCGAUAG